AUGGCCAAGUUUCAGGAUCUGCCCGUCGAGCUCGCAACGGCAAUCAUGAAACAUGCCGACGCCCCGCAGGAUAUUUCCGCCAUGAUCCGCGCCGAUCCUUGGUUGCUACACUGCUUUCUCGACAACAGGAAGCAAGUGAUGACGCCACAUGCGGCCAAGAUUAUGGAAGUUUGUGGGGUUCAUGUCUCAACUGCCUGCUUGCUCGCUGCUCGACUCCGCCAUGUCAAGCAGGACCCUGGGUUCAAUGAUCCAAGGCCACCGCAUCGUGAAUCCAUCGUCAAGUGGAUUAUAUGGUCUUGCAUCGACAGCCUCAAUACUCAUCAACACAUUUCCCAUCGGGCCUCCCUCGGAACCAUCUGCGCGCUUUCGACUCUUGCCGUUGAUAUUAGAUGGCUAACAUCGAGCUAUAUGGCACAGGCGCGUGAACAAUUAUUCAAGUAUCAUAGACGCCCAGAAGACUGGCCUGAAGUUUCCUCCAAGGAGCACCUAAGGUUUAUCAACGCCGCAUGUCGAUUUGAGAGCUAA